AUGGAGGUGCAGCAGGCGACUGAGGCAGCCAACAGGGCAAAACCAGUAAAACCCCAGGCUAGACCAGUGAAGAAGAAGGAGAGUGUGAAGGAGAGUAUGCAAGAGGCAACUAGUGAGCUCACCUCAGAGAAUCAUCCAGUGCAAGCCAUAGUUCAAGACUGUGUGGGUGCAGGCAAUGGCAAGGUGAUUGGAAAUGAGGAGUUUGAGAAUGAGGGCAGAGUGAUGAAGAAGAAAAAGAAGGCCAACCCUACCAUAUCGCGUGAAGCAGUAAGCGCUGCAACAAGGCAGAUCCAUCAAGUUCAAGCACCUGAUAGCAACAAGAAAGGAAAUGUUAACCUGUCAGUAAUUUGUCUUCUCACCAUCAUGCUAUUGAUGCUCACAGAGUCUACGCUUCACUUUAUGAACAUUACUUGGGGGCUCAGAAAUAAGAAAUAUGGCCUUUUGUGCAAGGUCCAUAACUGGCACGCUCACCUUGAACCUGAGUUGAAGGGAGCUGCAAAACCUUCCCCUGUUCCCAGUGUUCCCACUGAAACAGUUUUCACCAACUCUCUGGGCAUUUCAUCAGCAAGAACAGGCCAAACAGUCAUGACCACAGUCUCACUCGCAAAAGAUCCACCUCCUUCCUUGACAGACUCAUGCAGGACUUCACACAUUCCUGCAUCAGAUGAAGAUGGAGACGUCAACAUUGACAUUGACAUUGAUGCUGACAACAAUGAAGACAAUGAAGAAUUUGAAGAGCACUUGUCGUCUCUCAUUGCUAAUGGAAAAGGAAGGGGGGGGGGGUGCAGAGUGUCAGUAGUGAUCACUAAUGAGAUCACAGAACUUUCAGAUGAUGACACCUCCAAAAGACUGUCAGUGUCAACACCAUUCAAUUUAUUGCAGUUCACUCAACAAGCUGAAAUAGUGCGAUUCACUAUAGAACAGGUUCAAUCAACUCACACUACUGCUGCUGAUGACUCCAUUAUACUUGACACUUCUGAGUUCAUGACUCCCAAAGUCAAGCCCAUUCCUACUGAGCUAGCACAGAUCACUUCAAAGACUAGUGUAACAAUUACAAGCAUUCUGGCAUCACCUGAGCCCGAUUUGAUGUCCGCUGACAUGAUGAUGAAGCCAAAAAGUGGAAACCAAUGGCGAAACACCAAUCUUCCCCAAAUUAUGUUGGAGGACGGCAUGUGGCGAAGACCAACAAACUACUUCCAGCGCUCCAAAGACAAAGACAACGAUAUCAACUUUGAACAAACACUGGCAGCAAAUCUUCUCGACGAGUGGGCCUUCCUCUACAACAAUCCAGAUAUGAUCAAAAGCACACAUAUGAAUGCAAUCGCUGGGUUCCUUGAUGUUCCCAUGCUCAACACAGAUGAUCUGCAAUUGAAGGCUAGAACACACUCUCAACUUUAUCAGCAAAGCCCAAAGCUUCCGGCGAUGACCAAAGCAUCAGCACUAGCAGUGCAAAGGGCAGUACUACCAAGGGUUGCAGAAUACUACCCCUCAAGCACAACAAAUCCAGUGGCAAAGACAGCACUUCUGCAUCAGCAUUUUCAGAGGCAAAUUGUGGAUUGGCGAACAGCUGAAUACUACCAAUCACUCAAGAGGCAGGGGACGAAGUAUAUGAUGGACACAAUUUCAUUGGUGUGCCAGUGCCAGGAAGUGAUCCGAAAGCUCAAGAAUGCUCCUGCUGAGGACCCAAAACCCAAGGCUGGGUGUGCCCUGCUUUGUAUAUAUUUUCCCCUUGUCAUGUGCUCUGCAACUACCACUGACGCAUCUGACACUGGCAGAAUACCCAUUGUGGUCCCCCCACUCCAAUCAUUCAAGCCGUCAUUCUAG